AUGGACGUGGUAAACAACUUCCCCACGGCAAAGACCAGCAAGGGCAAGGGCCGGCUCUGGCUUCGCAUAGCGCUGAAGGAAAAGAAUCUGAAGACACUUCUCACAAAACUGACCCAAGACCAGAGCCUGCUUCGCAAGUUCUAUGAGGACGAUGCUCUCUUGCGUAAUAACGACCAGCUGGAGAUGUUUCUGGGCAUCCUCUCGCCUCUCGAGGUCCUCAACGUGCCCGUAACCUUCCGGGACUUGGACUUUGAUGCGCUUCCGGAGGAUCUCUCCUACUACGAGAAGGGCGGCAAGGCCAAGGGCAAGGAGGAGAACGGUGCCGGCGAGGACCUCAUCAACUUUGGCGACGCGCCCUCGCCGACCAGUCCUCCGCCGGCUGCCGCCGCCGCCGCGCCGCUGCUCACGCGUCGACACAACCCCCCUCGCUGCUCGCACCGACGCCGGCCCACCAGGCCGCUGGUGUUGUCGACACCAACAAUGGCCGAACUCGGCGAGGCCGACAAGCAGCGGGAGAAGGAGCGCAAGCGGGAGAUGCUGAUCGAGCGGCUCACGGCCGAGCUCGACAUCUUCAAGAAGACACUCGAGAUCAAGGACGAGGAGGCGCUCAAGCUCAAGCGCGACGCCGAGGUCAAGGCCGAGGAGGUCCAGAGCCUCUACAAGAUCAUGCAGGACUGGCAGGCCGAGCGCGAGCGCGAAGACAGCCAACGCGCAGCUGCGCAGGCCUCGAUAGCUGCUGCGCCACCGCCGGCGGCUGCGGCCCCAGCGGAGAGCGAGGCCGAGUGGAAGCGCAAGCUGGAGAAGAAGGACAAGGAGCUCGAGGCGGUGUGGCAGGAGAACGUGAAGAUGCGCCAGGGCUGGGACGACGAGAAGGCGGCCCUGCAGCAACGGAUCGCUGCGGCCGAGGGCGCCCAGGCCGAGGCCGUCGCGCGGUUGGCCGCCGUCGAGGCCGAGCUCGCAGCCGAGCGCGAGCGAUGCAAGGAAAUGGAGCAGCGGCUGCGUGACGCCGAGGCCGCGGCCAUUGCGUCGGUCAACGCGGAGGCGGCCCAGCAGGAUCUGCAGCGCGGCCACGAGGCGGUGGUCCAGGACAAGGAGCGCGAGAUUGAGCGGCUCCGGGCCGAGAUCGAGCAGCGCCAGCGCAGUGUCGACGAAAAAGACGAACAGAUCGAGCGCGCACGGGUCGAGGCCGACGAGCGGGUCGCACAGGCCGUUGAGGAGGCCCGCGCGCAGGCCGAGGCCGCGCUCCGGCAGGGCCAGGGCGAGCGGGAGAAGGCGCUGGCCGAGGAGUGGGCCGAGAAGGAGCGUAAGCUGCGCGACGAGCUCGACGACAGGGAGCGCGCGCUGCAGGAGCUGCGCGAGGCGGGCGAGGCCGAACGCGGCCGGACGGCGCAGGAGGCGAGCGAGAGGGCGGUGGCCGAGGAGCGCGAGAGGUGGGAGCGCGAGCUCCAACAGAAGGAAGACGAGUGGCGCGCGCGGGACGAAGAGCGCACUCGCGACCUCGAGUGGGCGCGCAAGGCCAAGGACCACAUCGAAGAACAGACCAAGGUGAUGGGCGAGCAGACGCUGAAGCAGCUAGAGGAGAUUUCGAUGCGCAUGGAGCAGAAGGAGCAGGAGCUCAACGAUCUGAUUUCGGCGCGGGAGCGGCUCGAAGCCGCGCUGGCGGCCGGCGAGGAGGAGUUGGCCGAGGCCCGCCAGGCGCAGGCCAAGGCCGACGACGAGCUAGCCAAGCUGCGCGCGGCGCUCGAGGAGCGCGGGCUCGAGUUCAAGAGCCUCAAGCAGGACUACAAGACCGCGCGGCUCGACGUCGACGAGCGCGACAAGACCAUCGAGUCGCUCACGCGCGAGCGCGACGGCCGCGACCAGGAGAUCGCCCGUCUGACGGCCGAGCUCGAGGCCCGCAAUGAGCGCAUCGACACGCUCAACAAGUUCGUCGAGGAGUCGCACAGCGCAGCGUCGAGCGCCGAGGGCGACAUCGUGCACACGCUCAACGAGGAGAUUAGGCGCAAGGACGAGGAGCGCGAGCGCGAGCGCCUGGAGGCCAAGGAGCGCGAGCGGCAGAGCGAGGAGCGCCGGCGCGAGGAGCGCGAGAAGUGGAGCGGCGACCUGCAGGCGGCGCAGGAGACCGCCGAGCAGCUGCGCGACGAGCUGCGGGCCAAGCAGGAGGAGCUUGAUGGCGAGGCGGGGGCCAGGGCGGGGGCCGAGGAGAAAGCGACCAAGCUGGAGGCCCGGCUCGAGCAGCGCGAGCGCGAGCUGCUCGCCGAGGCGGCGCGUGAGCGGGACGAGGCCGAGGCCCAGCGCGUCGAGCGCGAGCAGUCGUGGACGCUGGCGCGCGAUCAGCUCCAGCGCAUGGCCGAGGAGCGCGCGGCCGAAAUCGAACGCCUGCGGGGCAGCUCGCCCCGCAGUCGCUCCAGCUCCCAGGCGCUGCUCGUGUUCGCCCUGCAGACGCGCGAUCUCGCCCUUAUUCCCCUCGGCCUCAUCGGCCUUGGCGGCGAGAUCGCCCCGCAGUCGCUCCAGUUCGGCGCGCUGCUCGUGUUCGCCCUGCAGACGCGCAAUCUCGCCCUUGUUUCCCUCGGCCUCGUCGGCCUUGGCGGCGAGCUCGCCCCGCAGGCGCUCGACCUCGCCCUCCCGCUCGGCCGCGCCUCGGCGGCCUUGGCCUCGAGCUCGGAGGCCCAGCUGGCCCAACGUGCGGCCGACGCCGAGCAUCAGGCUCAGAGCGCCGAGGAGGCGGCCAAGCUGAGCGAGGCCACGAUCGGGCAGCUGCAGGCCCGGCUCGACGCGCUCGCGGCCGAGCGCCAGGGCGAGGCCGAAGACCUGCGGGCGCAGGUUGAGGCCGGCGAGACCCGGCUCGCCCAGCUGCAGCAGGAACGCGACGCACUCGAGGGCGAGCUCGACGCGGCGCGGCGCGACCGCGAGGAGGCGGAGCGCGCGCUGGAGAAUGUGAGGAAUGAAAAGAAUGCCAGCCAGGCCGAGCUGGAGCGAACGGGCGAGGAGCGCGCCGAGCGCGAGCGCCAGGCGCACGAACAGAACGAGCGGCUCGAGCUGGAGCUGGCCGCGGCGCGCGGGGAGACCGAGGCGGCCCUCGCGCGCGUGCACGAGCUCGAACAGCUGCGCGCGGGCGACGAGCAGGCCGUGGCCGAGCUCAAGGAGGCCAAGGAGAAGAACGAAGUCGAGCUGGAGCUCCUUCGCAUCGCUUCGCACUCCAAGGACGACAAGAUAAGCGCUUUGGAGGGCGAGCUGGCGCAGGGCCGCGAGGCGCUCGAGGCCAAGGAGGCCGAGCUGCAGGCCGAGAGGGACGAGCGCGGGCGCGAGCGGGCCGACGACGCGACUCGGCUGGCCGGGCUCCAGGCCGACCUGGCCGCCCGGGAGGCCCAGCUCGCCGCGCUCGAACGGGAGAAGGCGGCGGAGGCCGAGACCCGCGCACAGAGCGAGCACGAAUUGCGUGCGAUGCGGGAGCAGGCCGACGACAAGCAACGCGCGAUCGAGCAGCGCGACGCCGAGAAGGCCGCGCUCGAGGCCGACGCCCAGUCGCUCCGCGAUGAGCUCCAGCGCCGGCAGGAGGCCUGGCAGCAGCGCGAGGCCGAGCUUGCCGGCGAUGUGGCGCGCGAGCGACAGGCCCGCGAGGAGCGCGAGGCCGAGAUCGAGCGGCUGCAGGCGCAGAUCGCCGAGCGCGAGCGCGAAGCCGAGGAGAGCCGAGUGGCGACGGAGGCCCUGCGGGAGGAGUUGCGGGAGCUCGAGGCCCAGAAGGCCGACGUCGAGCGCGAGGUGGCCGAACGGGACAACGUCAUUCGAGUGCGCGAACAGAAGCUCGAGGAGAAGGAGAACGAGGUCAAGGAGGCCAAGGAGGAGAUCGAGGACAUGAAGAUCUCUCUCGACGUUCGAGCUAACGAUGCGGCGGGGUGGGUGUACAGGUCGCAAGAAGUGGACAUUGUGAGACGGAAGAUCAAGGAGAUCGAGGAGCGGAAAACGGCGGAGGGCCUCGAACUCAAGCGACAGAUCGAGAAGCUCGAGCAGCAGCACGAGGCAGAGAGCGGUAAGUUCCUGCAGGAGAUGGAGAAGAAGAAGGACGAGGAGAUCAACGAGAAGCUGGGCGAGAUACAGCGACUCGAGGGCAUCAUCGAGGGGGUGAAAAUGGAGAAUGCGACGCUCAAGAUGUCGCAUCAGCGGAUGAUCGAGGAGGUGGAGGCGCUCUCGCGUCAGCUGCCCGUCAACCGGGGUGCUAUCCGCACGCUGGUGUACUCCCCGGCGCCCGCCUCGCCUUCGACCGCGUCGGCGUCAAGUUCGUCGUCCUCGUCGCCCUACGCCUCGCCCGCGGCGGCCCGAGGCCGCGGUGGUGCGGGCGUGCGCGGCGGCAGAGGCGGAGGCGACCCCACAGCCUCGCCCAUGCGGCCAGGCAGACCCAACUAA